AAAAAAAUAGUCUUACUCUGACUACUUCGCCCAAAAGCCAUAUUCCGAUCUCUCUCUCUCUUUCUCUCUAAAGAGAAAAGAACAGAACAGAACAGAACAGACGGACAUUCAAAAGUAGUGUGUGCGUGUGUGUUUUUCCAAAUGGGAUCGCUGUCAUCGGCGAUCACGCAGUUUCUGUUACCGAGGAUCACACACCAUCAUGAAAAUACUUCUAUUCAUCAUGCAUUCAUCAAGUAUAAUGAUCCCAACAACAACAACGUGAUGAUCCGGCGUGGUAGUUGCCGUGUUAGUAACAAGAAUAAUUCGGCUAUCGAUUUUAGCGAUCCAGAAUGGAAGAAUAAGUUCCAACAAGAUUUCGAAAAACGAUUUGAUAUCCCUCACAUUACUGAUUCCUUUCCUGAUUCUCCUUCCUUUCCUUCUACUUUCUGUCUCAGAAUGAGGACUCCUGUGAGCGAAGAAUUUGCACAAGGGUAUCCUUCCGACGAGGAAUGGCAUGGAUAUAUUAAUAACAAUGAUAGAGUACUACUUAAGGUUAUUCGGUUUUCAUCCCCUACAUCUGCUGGUGCAGAGUGUAUUGAUCCUGAUUGUACGUGGGUGGAGCAAUGGAUUCAUCGUGCUGGACCUCGUGAAAAAAUAUACUUCAAGCCAGAAGAGGUGAAGGCUGCAAUUAUAACAUGUGGUGGACUUUGUCCGGGGCUAAAUGAUGUCAUACGACAGAUUGUCAUCACCCUUGAAAUUUAUGGUGUGAAAAAGAUUGUGGGGAUUCCUUUUGGAUAUCGUGGAUUUGGCAACGACUUAGCUGAAAUACCAUUAUCCAGAAAGGUUGUUCAGAAUGUGCAUCUGUCUGGUGGAAGCUUGUUAGGAGUUUCUCGUGGAGGACCAAAUGUUAGUGAUAUUGUGGACAGCAUGAAGGAAAGAGGAAUCAACAUGCUUUUUGUGCUGGGUGGAAAUGGAACACAUGCUGGUGCCAAUGCAAUUCAUAAUGAGUGCUUAAAACGAGGGUUAAAGGUGGCUGUGGUUGGUGUUCCCAAAACUAUAGAUAAUGAUAUCCUGCUGAUGGACAAGACAUUUGGUUUUGAUACUGCCGUAGAAGAAGCACAGAGAGCCAUCAAUUCUGCUUAUAUUGAGGCGCAUAGUGCUUAUCGCGGUGUUGGAGUUGUAAAAUUGAUGGGGCGUAGUAGUGGUUUUAUAGCUAUGCAAGCGGCUCUUGCUAGUGGGCAGAUCGAUAUAUGUUUGAUUCCUGAGGUACCUUUUGAACUGCAUGGACCUCAUGGUGUCCUAAAACAUCUAAAGUAUCUACUUGAGACAAAGGGAUCAGCUGUCAUCUGUGUAGCUGAGGGAGCUGGUCAGAAUUUUGUGGAGAAAACAAAUGCUAAGGAUGCAUCUGGGAAUACAGUACUUGGAGAUAUUGGUGUUCAUAUACAACAGGAGAUAAAGAAAUAUUUUAAGGAGCUUGGUGAUCCAGCUGAUGUAAAAUACAUUGACCCUACAUAUAUGAUUCGUGCUUGCCGAGCAAACGCAUCGGAUGGAAUUCUCUGCACCGUUCUUGGUCAAAAUGCUGUUCAUGGUGCAUUUGCUGGAUAUAGUGGCAUCACGGUAGGCAUAUGCAACACUCACUACGUCUACCUUCCAAUUCCCGAAGUCAUUUCUUAUCCUAGAACGGUCGAUCCUAAUAGCCGCAUGUGGCAUCGUUGUUUGACGUCUACUGGCCAACCAGAUUUCAUCUAAUUCAAAACAUUUUCUUUUUCUUUUUCAUACUUGCUGAAAACUCACCGUCACACAAAAUGUGAUCAUUUUGAGAAAUAAAACAAAGCGUAUACUUUGCUAUCCAAAAGUACGCUUUGACAAGCAGUAAAGCAACAUAGCUUGUCAAAAAUUUUAUGUAGUAGGUUUUGUAGUUCAGCCGAAUUCACUAAUUUUGUAUCCCAGCCAGACCUAUGUAUUUGUUGGCGAUCAUGUAAAAUUUUGUUUAUUUUAAGGGGUGUGACUAAAAGUUAGUCAUGAGGGACUGAAGGAACCUAUGUAAUCUUUUUAUAUAUACACUAGUUUUAAAACUCGUUUGGACACACGAGCAGUGUAUGGUAAGUUGGUAAAUGGUAACGAUAGAUAAAUAUUUGAUUGACUAAUAAAUAACAUUGAAGAUUUUGUAUUCAUAUAAAACACUUUAUAUUAUGGAUUAAUUUUCAGCCA